AACCUCUCGAGAAACAAGUUCGAGAGUUACGUACUUUCAAUGCUCUCUCUAUUCCUUGCUAAUCAAGGCCUGCAAGGGAACUGGCUACGACUAUAGGCGGGACGACAUGCUUUUAGCUUCCCUGAAAUAGGCGACUUGCUCGCUUUGGCAGGAAGUAUUUUUUUUGAAGAAUUGAACAAAAAAAACUGAAAUUUCUGUAAAUCAUUAAAACGGGACUUUCUUUAAAGAAAAAUGGUCUCUCAGGCUGGAUCCACUGGGUGGGAGGAAUCAAACUCAACGUUGCGAGCUCAAAAAGUGAUCCUGGAAGGCCCACGGGUAAGCAAAGAUUCUAAUUCGAGAUUGGCAGAGAAACGGCCCGUGCGAGCACGAACCAAAAGAAGGUGCCAAGCCGAAGUGUACAAAUCUCAUAGUGGGGAAGUCCGGAUCAAUCCGUCGAAAGAGACGCCAUCUCUCAGUCUAAAUGGAAGUAGACCAAGUAGUUUCAUAGGAAGAAAUGUGAAAGUAGGGGCUGCUAAGCGCCCAGACCCAUGGGAGGUGAGGUGA